GCCAGGGAUUCUGCUUCAGGUUGCAAGUGCUGUCUGGCACUCAGGGAGAGAUGGCCUGGUUGGGUUGCUGCCUGUUAGCCUCUGGAACCCAGAGCGAGUUCCUGGUUAACGGCCUAUGAUACACCUCCUGAAGACUCCAUUCCUUUGGUCUUUCCAGAAUUAGACCAACAGCUACAGCCUCUGCCACCUUGUCAUGACUCCGUGGAAUCCAUGCAGGUGUUCAAACAGCACUGCCAAAUUGCGGAAGAAUACCAUGAGGUCAAGAAAGAAAUUGCCCUGCUUGAAGAAAGGAAGAAGGAGCUCAUUGCCAAGCUGGACCAGGCAGAAAAGGAGAAGGUGGAUGCUGCUCAGCUGGUUCGGGAAUUCGAAGCUCUGACGGAGGAAAAUCGCACCUUGAAGCUGGCACAGUCACAGUGUGUGGAACAACUAGAAAAACUGAGAAUACAGUAUCAGAAGAGGCAGGGCUCCUCCUAACCUGGAACUAUUCAAACUAAGCCUGAGAGGUUGGUGGUUGUUAGACACUGGCCAAAGAUUUUUUUUUUUUUUAAUUUAAAAGGCUAGUGAGUAAAGCCUAGCACUUCUCUUCACUAUCUGUACAGCACGUGUCUAACCUGAGUUGGGUGCUUGUCAGCUUUCAGUUUGAUUAUUUCCACUGAGAUCGUGAGCACAAAUAUAUUACCAAUAUGUGGUUUCAGAGCUCCUUAUUCUCUCCCAAAGACACAUAUUUGUUCUUAUUUAAGAAAGUGUGAUCAAACUGUCCACCAGUAUAGAAAAUAGUAAUAAUAAAAAAGUCUACCGGCUGAUCCUGCUAAGAAUCAUGAGCUGUGAAACACACCAGGAGGAUGCUCAGUGCAGUUUCCCACGUGUAUAUUUUAAAAUGUCAUGCUUUUAACAUUUCAAGUCUGUUCAAAUUUUAACUUUCAGAAACCUCUCUGCAUCUGUUGAUUAUCAGAGUCAGGUUUAAUCCUUCAAUGAUUGAUUGUUCUAAGAAUAAAUGGUUGCAUACCAUAAAAGCUUUCUUAUGAAAAUAGUAGCAGAAAUCGUGUUUGUGCCAAAAGCUCAGCUGCCAGUGCUAACUUGCUGUUGCAAUGAAGAAACAGAGAGGACUGCCUCUCCUUCCCAGUGUAUCAGCUCCCAGGAAACCGCUCUGCCUUUGCUUGUGUGUGUUCUAGGCGCAUGGCAGAAAUGGAAAAAGGAUUGUUUGGACAUCAGUUCAGUGAGUUCCUUUGAAAACAUCAGCGAAAUUAUAACUAUGACUUUGUUUUGAAUUUAAGGAGCUAUUUUGGAUCAGUAAUAACGAGUACGUGAGGAAAUUGAGAAUGCACAUUGUUUUCCUCAUUGUUCUAUGUAUCACCACAUUUUCCCAAAUUGAUCUCUUUGUUCUUUGUCCAUUUCUAUUCAUGUAACUUCUUUUUCAUUAAACAUGGGUCAAAUCUG